UAUCGAUAAGAUUUAUUUAAAAAAUAAAGUUUGCUAUAAAUAGCACUUACUCCACUAACUCAAGAUCAUUUAUCUUCGAAGAAUUGUGCAAAUUUUCAUCAGGAUGAAACUUUUUGUAAUUUGCAGUCUUUUGCUCAUCUUGGCAAUAAGUUCCACCAUCGCUGCCCCACGAGGUAAUGGUCGUCCCGGAUGUGCAACCAGCCAGGAAAUCCACACUAGAUUCUAUAGGAAUUUUUGGGAUCCAACUGCCUACUGGGUAUGUUCUGAGUUAAGAAAACCAGCUUCAGCUGCAAGAUGCCAAGACGAGGAAGCAUUCAUGGAUAGCCUUAGGAAAUGUGUCCCAUGGAAUGAUUGGCAUUGGGAAACUAUUAAAUCUCCACCAAGUUCAGCAGCUCAUUAAAUUACAAUCUUUAACAAAAAUAAAUACUUACUCACAUUUGAAAA